GUCUGCAUGCCUCAGAAGCUGGAAAAACACAAUUUACGUUGUGUAACUAUAUUUCUGAUAGCAGAAGACCGAGCAAAAACUUAGAGAAAUUGAGGAAAGAACUAGAAAGACAGACAAAAGAAACAAAGAUACUACAGGAAGAAGUAGAGCUUGCUACCAAAUUAACAAUGGACAAAUUCAACUGGAAUUUCAAUGAGGAUAGAAGUUCAGAUCACAAUGAGUUCUCAACUAGCCCUAAUGACAAGACAGAAGCAGACAGUUCUUUUACAACAAGCUUCACAAAUGUGAAAUCUCCUUUUCGUAGUUCAAUGCUUCAGGCUUCUAUCUCAAAAGCCCAUCGUAACAAAUCACCACAGACUACUAAAUAUGACCUGGAUUUGGUUGUAUCCAGAAAGAGCCCCCUGUUCUCUGGACCGCCAUGUGUGGAGAAGUCAAUGGAUGACUGUGCACAUGAGAGUCUUCAAUAUCAUGAACAGCCAAGGUGUAAUAUUAGACGAUCUGUGGUAGAUUUGCAGUGUAAAUUACAGGAAUUACAAUCAGAAAGAGAUAACCUGAUGAAUCUCAGGUUUAAAGAAAGUCAGGACCAGGGAGAAUUGAUAUGCAAGCUACACAACACAGUGCAAGACCUUGAAACAGUUAAUCGAAUGCAAGAUGAUAAUGUUCGAGAUGCAAACACUCAAAUUGAGCAACUGAGGAAAAAGAUACAUAUCUAUGAUGCUGUGCUAAAUGAUAUCCAUCAAGCACUGUUGCAUUAUGAGGAGCGCACUGGCAAGAAAAUAUAUGAACACAAAAAUCUCUCUUGCCUUCCUGUCCAGAAUAUGGGCACAGCAGUGGAUAAAAUUCUGAGAGAUGCAGAUGCUGACAUUUCCUACCUCAAAGGAAGACUUGGACCAAUGGAAGAACAGCUGGCAAACCUGAAAACUGAAGCUCAAAACCAACCUGAAGCUUUGCUUAAGCCACAAGAAGAGCGAGACCAGGCCAAGAAUCAGAGCACAAUGUACUCACGGCAGCUUACAGAAUUGGAGACCACAGUCUGCCAACUGCGAUCUGAAUUACGAGAAGCAAAAAGGAUGUAUGAAGAAAAGGCUGACUAUUGUAAACUUGAAGAGGACCUCAAAGUGGCAAAAGAACAAAACCAGAAGCUGUGGGAACGUGGUGCAAGUAAUAGUCUCUCUGUUGAAAACUUGGAGCGGGAAUUGGAGUGCAAAAAUCAAGAAAUUCUGCGACUAGAUGGUAUGAUAAACUCUUUGAAGGAGCAGUACCAGCAUCAGUUGCAAUGUCAGGCAUCAUUAGAGGAACAAAGAAAUGAAGACCAAGAGAAAAUCAGGAACUUAGUCAAACAGUAUGAGAACUGCAAGGAACAACUUUGUAAAACUGGAGAGGAGCUUAAUAAGACGAAACAGCAACUUGACCAAACAGAAAUAACUAUCUGCCAGUUGGGGGAGAAAAUAAAAGAAAAGGACAGAUGUCUGGAAAAUGAAAUCGCAGAAAAAGGUAAACUGCAACAUGAAAUUGAUGAAAAGUGCCAAAGGAUUCAUAGGAUGAAAAUAGCAGAGGAGACCAUUUGUGAUCAAUUUGAAGAAGCAGUUACCCACUUAAAGAAAAUGCAGUGUGAUAAUGAUUCACUGAAAAUGGAGUUGAAUGAGAAAAACAAGAUGCUUGCCACUUUGCGACAGGAAAUGGAAAGCAUUUCUGAAAUGGCAUCACAACAGAGCUGUGCAUCUGAGGCACUAGAGCGUGAAAGAAAACAACUUCAGUCCGAUAUAGAUUGUCAAAACCAGAAGAUUCAAGAGUUAAAGACUGAAUUGGAUCACAAAGAAUCACAAAUGCAAGAACUAAAGGCACAUCUCUCUGAGUUGGAAAAGGAGAAAAUUAAGUUAGUAAAUUCUGCAACUCAGCAAAUGUCUGAAUUGAGAGAUUUGUUACAGGAAAAGGAAGUGCUUGCAAAUGAAUUAAAUCUCAUCCAGAAUCAAAUGGCUGAAUUGAAAGAGGAGUAUGAAAAUUUACAGAGGACCUACACGUGCAAAGCUGAAGAGUAUGACUGGGCUACAAACAAACUUAAAGCUCAGCUGAAAACAACCCAAACUGAUCUUGAGCAAACCAGGGAGGCGAUGAAAGUACUCGAAGGAGCAGAUACCCAUGCAAUGAAAGUUGCCGUGGGAAUGCAAAAGCAGAUCACAGCCAAGCGUGGGCAAAUUGAUGCACUUCAGAGCAAGAUCCAGUACCUAGAAGAAGCUUUAGAGAAUUCUGAAAGGGAGAAAUGCUACCUAAAGGAAGAGAAGGUUCGCCUAACUAAAGAACUUGCCUGUAUUGUAUCGGAAAGAAAUAAAAUUGCUGGAGAGCUGGAUAGUCUUAAAUCUCAAGAAAAAUGUUUGAAGGAAAAGCUGGUCAGACUGGAGGCAGCAUUAGAAAAGGCCUGCCUUAGGUUUUCUGAUUGUCAGUCAGUUAUUCAGCGACAGGAACAGGACUUCAUGCGCUUAAAGCUGCAGCACGCCUUGGAAGUGAAGGAGCUACAAGGUCCAGGUUUUAAUAUUGGUCAAUGUUCAAAUACUCGAGUCUAUCCCCCUCCAGUAUGUGUUAAUCCAACAUCUUCCCGGCCAUCUGCAGGAUACCUCUCUUCUGCUGUGUCCAGGAGCAGCUGUCUUCAAGAGGACUUGAACCCUGAUUUAAAAAAUCUUCUAAUGGAUCUUAAGAGUUCAGCCUGUGAUGGGUGUAACAGAUCAAGCAGCAUAAAUUACACUGAAUGUGAAGGAGAAAGAGCAUCGAGGAAUAUGCAUGCAGUGGAUGACUUGAGUACAGAAGUUUGUAUGGAAAGAGGAACACAUGAUACCUGCUUCAGCAAACCACUCAUCACAGAUGAGUGGUCCGUGCUACACCUCCUCCCCCAAGCAUCAGAGUCCAGAAAGAUCACCGAAUACAGAAGGGAAAAUACAGCUGUUAAUGACCUUUGCUCUUCAAGGACCAGCUACAUGUCAUCACCGUAUUCGGAAAAUGAACUUCACUUCCAUAACAAUACUGACCAGAUGGAUGUUGCAGGACAGGCCUGCAAGAAACUGCAGAACAAGCUGGACGGUCUGCAAAACUUGGUGGAAGAUCUUCAGCUGAAGAAUCAUGAAAUGUCCUCCAUGAUCAGAAACCAAGAGAAGAGGAUAAAGAGAGUAAAAGACAGAGAGAAAAUGCUAAAGAAGUGAAGUCCAUGUUUUUGCAUUUUAUUCUUUUGACUUGCUGCAGUACACAAAAUAAAACCUGCUGCUAUUUAAUACCUUGUGAAACCCAUUCUGUUCA